AUGAACGUGACUACACACUACACCGCCGAAAUGGCAAACGUCGCAGCCAACACCACCCUCGCCACCCUCCCCGCGACCUUCGUAACCCUGCUCUCAGUAUUCCUCCUCGACACCUUCGCCGUCAUGCUCGCCGGCCUAGUCCAGCCCGUCUACCGUCGCGCCGUAUCAACCAUCACCCACACGCACGGCACCGGCGGUCCAGGCAACCACACCUACGCCGCCCUAGACGGCACCACGACCUCACUCUCGGGCCAGCUCUUCCUCGCCAGUCUCGCGGCGGGGGACUUCGAAUUCGAGCACGUGAUCGAGAACUCGCACCCGGCCUCGGCCGUGCUCCCGGCCGUCCUGUGCAUCGCGGCGGCCCACCACAAGGGCGGCGAGGAAUUCCUGACGGCCCUGGCGAUAGGCUACGAGUUCGCGACGCGCAUCGGCUACGCCACGACCCUGGAAGCCGAGACUAUCCGGGGUUUCCACGCUAUCGGCUUGAACGGGCCCAUAGCCACGGCCGCCGCGGUCGGUCGUCUCCUCGGCCUGGACGCCGAUACCAUCGCGUCCGCUAUGGGCAUUGCGGCGUCCAGCUGCGGGGGGCUGCAGGCGUACAUCGGCACAGAGGCGGACACGAGACGCGUGCAUCCCGCUCGGGCCGGCCAGCUGGGCGCGGAAGCCGCAUUGCAAGCCGCUGCCGGGAUCCGUGGGCCCACGGACGUCCUGGAGAAUCCGAAGGGGUAUUUCCAUGCCUUUUCUCCGCAUCCGGAGUGGGCGUAUCUGCUGGAGGGCCUGGGGACGCAGUGGACGAGCGCGGCGCAGGUGUUGAAAGCCGCGCCUGUUCACGCCUGGGCGCAGGGAUACGUCCACGCCAUCAACGAGUACCGCGCCGCCGGGCACGCGUGGGGUCCGGACGACGUGGGUAACGUGACCGUGUACGGCAACGCGCCGCACGUCUUGGACCCCAACACCUGGACGCUGGACCCGGCGUCCUUCAGCGCGGCGCAGUACAGCGUGCCGUUCGGCAUCGCCGCGGCGCUGACGACCGAUCUGCGCGAUCCGAUGAAUAUGAAUGACGGGAUCCUGACCAACGCUACUUACGCCAUCGCGAAGGAAAUGAGACAGGUGUCCAUCUCGGAUGACCCGGAUGCGCUGUGGGGAUGGCUGACCCUGGAUCUGAAAGGGGUGCCUACGAAUAUCUCCUUCGAUACUUUCCCAGGCUUGCCGGGUGCGCCUGGCUAUUCGGGACUGGCGGAAGAGAAGUUUGCGAAUGUUGUUGGGGCUUUUGGGGUCCGGGGCGAUGAGGUGAGGGGCAUGAUACUGGGUGUGCGCAACUUGACGGACGUGUCGGUGCUGCUGGAUGCGAUGGUCGCUGUGGGGAGUGAGGCCAUGGGCAAGUUUGAGGGUCGACGUUAG